GUGGUUGUAGAGAAGUCACGUGACGGUCGCGUUUCUCAACUAGUGUUAUGAAUGAAACUGGUUUUAAGAAUGAUAAAAAAGCUUAGCUAAUAUUUCUGUUAGAGUGAGCUGCAAUUUAAAAGAGAGCAGACCCGCUGUUCAGUGCGCAGAAUAUAAAUAGAAAACAGUGUUCGCCAAUUCCUGUACUCUGACCGUGUGUUUACAAGAUGGGUCACCGCCAGUCACUCAUCCUGUGUCUCGUUUUCUCUCUCUUCCUUAUUUUCGGAGCUCUCAUAUUCAGGUACCUCGAAAGAGAAGAAUACGUAGAGGAACCUCAGGAAUGGCGGAGACUGAAGGAUAUCGCCUUGAUGGAUUAUGGUUCACUCAGCCCUUAUGAAGUGCGCUGGUUAGUGGCGUGGAUUUCAGCGAAUUGCUCAGAUAUCGACAAUUCAACGAUUAACAUCCUCAUUUCGGAAGGAUCCCACCCAGACGCCGUGGAAGAGAUGGAAUACCUGUGUCCAGACCUGCACCGGGUGAGAUAUGAAUACACAAUGCCCUUCGUCGAAUCCCUCUUCAUGUGUAUGACCAUCCUUGCUACCAUAGGUUACGGGAGUCAGUAUCCAAUAACAGCUGCGGGCAGAGUCAUGUGCAUAAUCUAUGCUGUCACAGGCAUUCCACUAACCGGCGUGAUGCUGAUUUGGACCUCUGACUUCUUCGGCGAACAGUUUUUCAAAUUGUUCAAGGCAAAGCUGGACGCAAAGAAGCAGCAAACCGACAAGUUCAUCGCCCUCUUCACCCUGAUUUACGUCGCCAUCGGGUUCGUGGUGUUCAUCUUAAUUCCGGCUGGAAUUUUCGCAGCCGUUGAUUACUGGUCGUACCUGGAUUCCGUCUACUUCGCCGUCAUCUCGCAGACUACAGUCGGUUUCGGAGACCUGGUAACUGGAUAUGAGAUAGAAGGCUGGGCACGGGUUGUGUACCAAAUCUUCGUCAUCGUGUGGAUCAUGACGGGGCUCGGCUACUGGGUCACCGUGGUCACCUUCCUCACGAAGGCGCUCAAGUCCAGACGCCAGAGCUCCUUCCUGCGCAGCGCCGAGGAGAUGAAGGCGUCGGUGCUGCAGAUGGGGAUCAAGGACACCGACCCGAGGUUCCUCAGCUUCGUGCAGCAGCUGAACAACCUCCUCGGCGUGGAGAAGGGCGCCUCUCACGACGCAACAGCCUUCCUCGGCACCUCUUCGCCUUCUGCAGCGCCGUUGAUGAACUAAGAAGCUCCCUUUAACGAGGCCAUUGAGCCCCGAAGUGGGAGAGUGGAAUCAGCUUUGAUGGCACGAUACAGUUCAAACCAAUCGGGAGUCCAACUUAAAUCCUUCUAUCAUAUGGCGUUAAGUUGGUUGCUAUUCUUGGUAAAGGAGGCCACCCUUUUACACUUUCUGGCUCGGAAUUUGAUCGCGUCUGACUGGCACACCUUUCCGCGAAUAAGUGGCUGGAAGUGCAACCUCUAUCUGUCGUAGAAAUACAAAGGCAUUAAGCAUCACCCAUCAUCACAGGAGGGCAAAGUGGAUGCCAUAUGGACGGGCGAAACAAGCAAGCUGGGACGAGACUACAAAAACCGAACAUCUCCAGGACUCAAGCGGCAAACAGGACAAGAUGCAGUUGCGAAAAAAAAGAAGAAAAAAAAAGAAGCACCAUGACCCGUGAAAUCAUUAUGUGACAGAGGAUGACACGUGAUGGAUAAUUCCAUUAAUUUUUGUAAGACAAUUUGUUUACUACUUAAUGGAAACAAUUACCUGAUAUGAUUUCAGUUACUGAGAUUGAAAUUCUUUCACUCAGGACUGUACUAACAUGGUCUAUUCCAUUUUUUUCAUUAAUUAAAUCUUGCUGAAAAUGAAAUUACAUUAUGAUUUACAUGUUUGUCUUAAUUGUAAUGUAAGCUAUAUGUUUAAAACUGGAUAUUCAAUAUUUAGUGCAGAUGUGGAUUAUAAAGAAAUCAAGUUAUUGGAAUAUCAAUUUGUGUGAUUGGCUUUGGAUAUUGGCUAUAUUAUCAUAUUCGAGUAAAAAUAGUGCAUAUAUUUUUUAAAGGUCAUUCACCUUUCCUCGCAUUUAUUUCAGCUAAAUGAUACAGGUUUAAUGAGUUAAAUCAAUGAGAGUAAAAUAAUAUUAGACGCUUAAAAGAUAAUCCAUAAAUACUGCUAAAAUUUAUACCACCUACUACCAGUCCUUUAGUCUUUAUACUUUCACUUGAUACUGUUAUUAUCAAGGAAUACAUCACACUAUCUGACUUUGUUAUAUUCUUUAUUUUAUUGGAAAAUACAUUGAUCCUUGGGUUCCCAUCAAUUUUGCUGGUUUAAACAUUGUCCUCAAUUGUAUUGGCUUGUUUAUGUUGCUUUCUGCUCCUUAUUUCUAUUCAUUCAUUUGUUUUAAAGUAAGCUUUCCUUUUAUUUUAUUUUUUUUUCAAUUAUCCUUCUUGAAGAGAUGUUGGAUAGCGUCUGUUAUAUGCUGUGCAUGUGUUCUUUCUUUUGCAGUGUUUAAUAAUAUGGCCAUAUUUUGAGCAACCUCUGCAAAGAAAUGCAUUUUGAAAGUAAAUGAAUUCUAUCUUAUUA